AUGUCCAGAUUAAGAAAAGAGCAAUAUAAAAACACGAUAGUGUUGAGUGGAUCAGCUGCUUCUGAGAAAGUUACGCUUGCAAAGCGCGUAGUUGAUCUUAGUAAAGAUAAGGAUAAUCUAAGAAUAGAGCUCAGGGAUAGUUUAAAGAGAAAUGAUUAUACUGAUUCACGUAUCAAACUAUUCGUCAUAGUUUUUAGUUGCACUGAACAGAUAAAUGAGCUAGAAAAGCAAAUAGAAGAAGUACCAGAGUUUGUUCUGACAGAGAACAAGUUGGUUGUAAUUCUUUCCAGAUCGAACGCAGUUGACUCGAAUAAACAACACAAGUUCAACUUAGGAUUAGCAGUAACGUUGAUACAAGAUUACCAUGCGAGUAUACCCGUGAUGUCUUGGUCCAAUUCUGUUAGUGUGAUCAUUCAAACAUCAACAGAUCUAUUAGCAAGUGGUAUAGCAAAUAGAGCUCGAAGGUCUCUCUCGAGCCAAGCUUUACAGCAUGUUUCUUCAUCCAUCUCAGAUGUUAUAAUCACGAAUUCUGCUAGUGCGGAAUAUGAUACUGAAUCAUUUAAAAGUAUCAAGACACCUCAAGACUUUGAUAAAUACCGUAAAAGUUUAGACAAUAAUCUCUCUCACGAUGUAUCAUUUGAGAGCACAAGUGAGAGUGUCAGACCUGUAUCCAAGACUAAAGAUAGGAAAAGGAAAGGUGGUUUACAAUCUUUCGAUUAUGAUGAUGAUUCACACCUUAAUGAAAUUUCUGAAAAAACACAAAAAGAUAUCAGAAACAUUCAAGAUGAAGCAGAAAAAGAGACGACAGAAGAGGUGAAUGUUCAAGGAAGUUCGCAAGAUAGACCCGAUGUAGUAUCAAAACUUAAGCGACAUCCAAAAGAUUAUGAAGUUGACGAAAUGAACGUAAGAGCAGAACCAAAAGGUAGAAAGGCUCGAAAACGUUCAAUAAAUAAAAAACCCUUAAAACCUUUAGAAGUUGAAGUCGAUGAGAUGAACGUUUAG